AUGCCAGCGGCCUCGAAGCCAAUCCCGCAUGCCCGGGUCGGCAUGUUUGACCGUCUUCGUAUACUGGUCUUCUUCCUCCUGAGACGCAUGUUUGUCAUCAAACACGAGGUGUUCAACGAUCUGAAUAGAGUGGGAUGGGCGAAGGCUCUCCAAUGGGCAAGCCUUUCGAUUGUUGGCUCAGGGCUGCUUACCAUGCUGCUCGUUCUGCCAUAUGUUGGGGCAGGCUCCUCCUUGCCAUCGUUCUCCUCCGUCUGUACUCCCGAUGCCUCGUUCGACCCUUUCCACAUGAAUUCGCAGUGGGACAUCCGCCGUUUCUUCCAAAUCACUCUUGCUUUUGGAGAUUUGAAUUUCACUCAGGCCAAAGUCAUUGAUGUUGCGUGGGAUAUUGUCAUUGGACGGCUUGGGCAGGCCUUGAUAGCCUACCUAUCUUGGCGAUCCUUCUCAGCAUACAUUGCCGCGUCUAUGCACUUCAGACCAAUCACUUACCGGGUCUUUCGCACCUUGUUUGUGGACAGAGAACCGACUUUGAUGUCCACCAUCGAAGUGUUGAACGACUUCGUCUCAGGUCACUGUCUCGAGUCGCGAUUCGUCAUGUCAUUUAUGGUCAUCACAAUGUCCCUCACUCUCUUCUUUCCUACUCUGGCGAGUGCUAUGACAGGAUAUAGCCCCCGGAAUACGGCUUAUGUUAGAGACUAUAACGAUAACCUUGCCGCGUUCUCCCGGUUUCAUCCAGUCAUGUACAUUAUUCAUGAUGGCAGCCGCAUAGGACUCGCAGAUGAGUAUCCCAUCGUCUUCUGGAAUGUCUCUUUGACUGCACACAACUUCAACAUCGACUCCCUCUACUACUUCGCUUAUACGGAAUCACUUCGUGUUUGCUUUAGGGACAAUACGAAUGCUGAGCCGUCCACUAUACCCUUGUGUAGGAUGCAACAGGGAGCAUCUAAGUAUGUGGCUGACUAUGGCUAUUUCGGUACAAACACGACAACAUCGGCCUGGAAUAAUAUUACACUUCCCAGCCCAACGCUCAACAUUUCGUCGACCCUUCCAUAUUCUCUGCAUAGUCAUAUCGUGGAGUGGGGUUCGGACCAUGGACUCUACCCGUUCAAGCCAGACUUGGAGUCUGAGUCCCUCGGGCGUCCCCUACAACACCAAUACUCUAGCGACUUUGCCUUGACAUACUCAGACGCCGUUUAUGACAGAAAAUACAUUCAGAAAUAUGGCAGCUGCCAGCCAUUACUUGUUCGUGUUAAUGCCAAAUACACAUUGGAAUUCUAG